AUGGACUUAUUUCACAACACCUUUUGGUGCAAGAAGUCCAACCCCGACCGUAUGAGGUACAAUAUCACUGAAGUCAAUAUUGUACCGAUGAUGGUGAUUCGUCUCUUGUCAUCUGGCCUACUGGAUUCGGGUAAAUAUUCCCUAAAGACAAUCCGGAAUGCAUGGGCUGGCUCUGCGCCUCUCGACAAAAGCCUCCAAGCUCGCCUGAAAGAGCAUCUGCCAGCAGAGACUCCUUUCAAUCAAGCCUGGGGUAUGAGUGAAACUACAUGUAUAGCCACUAUGUUUUACUACCCAGAGCAAGAUUUGACAGGCAGCGUUGGGAGACUCCUACCCAAUUGUGAUGCAAAGCUAGUUGAUGAGAAUGGUUCUGACAUUAGUGGGCGAAGAGGUUCGGAUGGUACGUACCUUCGAGGGGAGCUCUGUAUACGAGGUCCCAUCAUCGUAAAUGGCUACUACAAAAAUAGUGAAGCCAAUGGUCGAGAUUGGGAUGGAGAGGGAUACUUCCAUACUGGAGACAUCGCAUACUGUGAUCCGGGUACGAGGAAGUGGUUUAUUGUUGCUCGAAAGAAGGAACUCAUCAAAGUCAGGGGGUUUCAGGUGGCUCCAACAGAGAUUGAAGGUGUGCUCCUCUUACAUCCAAAAAUCGUGGAUUGUGCAGUCAUUGGAGUUCAGAACAGUAUCGAAGAAUCCGAGCUCCCUCGAGCCUAUAUUGCGGUUCAGACCGGAGCCACCAUCACAGAGGUAGAAAUAAUCAACUUCAUCAAAGAUCGACUUGCACGAUACAAGCAACUCGAUGGCGGAAUCAGAUUUGUUGACCAAAUUCCUCGAAACGGGAAUGGCAAGAUUGAAAGAAAUAUUUUGAAGAAGAUGGCCAUAGAAAAGGAUUUGAGGACAAAACUCUAG